AUGCCUCCCGUACAGCGUAAAGCAAGUUCCAUGGGUUAUGAUAAUUAUUCUGCAAUUUCGGAAAAAUCGUCCACGCCUCAGGGGAAAAUACGAAGCCGCGGGCGUACCGCCAUUAGCGGAAGUAAUCUGCGUGGAAGUGUUCAAGUGAAUACCCUGGAUAACUUCGAUGUGAAUAACUUUGGAAGGUCUGGCUCGAAUAAUUCACUUCGGCUAAAUCCUCUAAACACGAAUGACGCCGGUGUCAGUUUGCUUCACGCGGAACAUAACUCUUCUCCGAUCGCCACCAUUUCAGCAAAUAGUUCACAUGUAAAGAGCCUUCAGAAUAAUCCUAUACCUCACACUCAAUGUAUUCCUGCGAUGUUAGUCGGACAUAAUCCAACAGUACAAAAUGCAUCAUCGGAUGUUCAACAGCAAUCUAAAGCUUUUGCAGAACAAUUGAUGGCUUCGCAAAAGUUGCAAGAAAUAAAAAAUCAAGAUAAUAAAAAGUCUAUAGAUUCUAAAGAAAUAUCUGUAAGUUCCAUUACUCCUAAAAUUGUGGGUGCCACGCCUGUUCCGCAUUUCGUUCCUAAGGCGACAGCUCUCUCGACAUCUUUUAUUACUGCCAACUCCGCCGGGUCUAUAAAUGAUGCUGCGGUGAAAACAUCAAAUAUGACCGCUUCUCAUGUG